AUGUCAGUAACAAGGAACAGACGCAUAUCUCUUGGCUCUCCAAAGGAUCUUAAAGAAGUGAAGUUUUUCGAUGAAGAACCAAUUCCGGAUGUACCACCAAAAGGAGCAAGAGUAAAGGUGUGUUAUGCUGGGGUUUGUCUGACAGACCGUGAAGUAACUAACACAAAGCAGGCAAGGAUCACUAACGGCAUUAAGGACACCAGCUUAUUUCCAGGAUAUGAGGUUUCUGGUGUGGUGGAGUCGUUCGGUGCCGAAAGUACACCUGACGAUUAUGAUCUGAAGAUUGGUGACAAGGUGAUUGUUUGGCCUACUGACGAAAUGUGCAGUCAUGGAUAUGCUGACUUUGUUGCUGUACCAUCUCUCCAGUUUCUAGUGAAGAUACCGGAUUCGUUGUCUAUGCAUGUCGCAUCGAUUCUACCAGCCGGUGCAACUUGGGCUCUCAGUGCUGUUUUACAGGCGCGUCCUAUCGUGGAGGCCUUCUCGCAGUCGAAAGGAUUUUGUAAUCUUUUGAUCGUCGGCGCGGGUGGACUUGGGCUGUGGUUGCUUAAACUUGCUAAACACUUUCUCUGCCUUUUAAUUGUUUACAUUUUUAUGAAAAUCCGUCUAAUGGUUGCUGAUGCAAAGGAGGAAAGACUAUGUUUGGCCGAAAGAAACGGUGCCGAUUUUGUUGUCCACUGGGAUGAUUCAGAAUUCGAGGAGUACUUGAUCAUGCGUACGAAAGAUGUUGCACGAACUGGAGUGAAUGUUGUGUUCGAUUUCGUAACAUCGCCAAGAACAGUCACUCGUUCUCUCAAGUGUUUAGCUGAAGGAGGUGUGCUCUUCGUUGGUGGGCUCUCGGGAUUGGAUGUUCAGCUUCCUAUCAAAUUGGUUGCCAAAAAUAGGCUUGCGAUUAUGGGUGUAACAAGGGGCAGUAUGGAGCAGCUGAAGAAUUUGGUGCACCUUAUUGCUGGGGGUCAAAUCGAAGCUCCUGACUACAGAGUGUUUCCGGUAAAUCAAGCCUCCCAGGUAUUGAAGCAGUUAUCAAUGUCGGAAGUUGAAGGAAGAGCUAUAUUGGAAGUAUGCGAUCCGGAUACUGCGUUGGAUCCGUCUAAAGAUUGA